AUGAAUGGUACUUCUACCACGGGCAACGGGUUCACAAAUGGAACCAACUACCCUGUGCCAAAGCUGGAACUUCAGCCUGAAACCACCUCAACAUCACCCACAAGAGCGCAGACUCACCCAUUACUGCCUUCUGUCUCUGAUGAUGAGUUGCAUGACCUCAUUUGUGUUGGCUUUGGCCCAGCAUCACUUGCCAUAGCCAUUGCUCUUCACGACCGCCUGCUUGAAACUGCCCAUUCCCCAGAUAUCACCACUGUCCCAAAAAUCUGCUUCCUGGAGAAACAGUCGAAUUUCGCGUGGCAUUCUGGCAUGCUUCUUCCUGGGUCAAAGAUGCAAAUCUCCUUCAUCAAGGAUCUGGCUACCAUCCGCAACCCCAGAAGCGAGUUUACCUUCCUCAACUACCUACAAGUUCAUGAUCGCCUCCUUGAUUUUGCCAACCUCGGGACCUUCCUCCCUGCCCGUAUUGAAUUCGAAGACUACAUGAAGUGGUGUGCCAGUAAAUUUGCCAACCUUGUCAGGUAUAGAACCGAGGUCCUAGACGUCACUCCUUCAGAGGUCGAUCCUGUGACUGGCAAGGUUCACUUCUUCACUGUCCGCUCUAAGGUCUUGGAGACUGGUGAAGUAACUACUCGCAAGGCCCGCCACGUAGUUGUUGCUAUCGGUGGAAAGCCAAAUAUUCCAGCGGAAUUCCCAACGAACUCGAGAAUCAUUCAUUCAUCCGCCUACUGCACCACCCUUCCCAGCCUUCUCAACAAUACCCUUAAGGAGUACAGCAUUGCUGUUGCGGGAAGCGGCCAAAGCGCAGCUGAGAUUUUCCAUGAUCUUCAGAAAAGAUAUCCUAAUGCUAAAACCAGCCUUAUCAUGCGAGACUCGGCCCUCCGCCCGAGUGACGACUCCCCUUUUCCCAGUGUCAAUGAGCUCUUUAACCCCGAGAGGGUCGACCAGUUCUUCAACCAGAGCGAGAAGGAGAGACAGCACUUUCUUGAACGCCACCGUUCCACCAACUACAGUGUUGUAAGGCCGGAGCUUAUUGAACAAAUCUACGCAGAUAUGUACAUCCAGAAAAUUCAAUACCCAGAUGAGACUCAAUGGCAACACAGAAUCUUCUCUUCCUGCCUGAUCUCCAAGGUCGACUCAGAUAAGAGCGAGAAACUCAAUCUAUCAUUGCAGCACUGCCACUCUGAAAACACCACCAUGAACGGAACCCACAAUGAGGAGAUGAAUGCAGAUGCCCUUAUUUUGGCAACUGGUUACGUACGAAACGCACAUGAAAGCAUCCUUGCCUCCAUUGAGCCUCUUCUGGCUCAAAAACACAUGGGAUGGAAGGUCCAGAGAAACUACAGACUAGAAUUAGAUAAGAACCAGGUGGAUGUUGAUGCUGGGAUCUGGCUGCAAGGAUGCAACGAAUCUACUCAUGGUCUUAGCGACAGUCUUCUAUCAAUUUUGGCAGUCCGAGGCGCAGAGAUUGUUCAAGCGAUAUUUGGUGCCCAGAUUUCUAAUGGAAAUUAG